AUGGCCACUCCCGGAUCCGAAACCGAAACCUACCCCAUCGGCAGCCGCAAAGAAUGCGAGCGCAUGGUUCGGGACUGGGGAUUCGGCCAUGUGUUCACCUGGUCGGAUGGGAGUCAUGCGCACUACCCACCGCAUUCGCAUUCCGGGUUGACGACACAUCUGAUCCUUCAGGGCAGUCUGACCAUCACAUAUCCCGAGGAUAACGCUGGGAUUCACGGCGGAGAGGUCAAGAAGGAGACGUUUGGCGUGGGCGCGAGGUUGGACGUUCCAGCCGGGAAACUGCAUGAGGUGUGGGUUGGGGAGGAGGGGUGUGAGUAUGUUAUUGGUGAAUAG